AUGCCCAAAUUCGUCCCCCGCCAGCGCAAGCACAAGGCUCGCGAACGAGCACACUCACAUGCGCCAACCUCCACCACCGACUCCAACGCCGCCGAGAUCCUCCCAGUCUCCAAGACCGAGCGCGAAGCCCGCCGCCAGGUGCUCCGAGAAGAACUCCGUGCGCAGCAGCCCAAGAUCUCAGGCAAGAAGCAGAAACGGCUGGACAAGUACAUCGACACCAAGCUCCGGAAGGAUGAGAACCUCGAGCUCAUCAAGAAGCUUGCGAGCCAGAAGGUUGAUACCAGCUUGUUCCGGAGCGCGAAGAAGUUGGGGAGGGUUACGGAGAGUAAGAGAGAGGCGCUGUCGAGGGCGCUGAGGGAACGGAGGGCGGGGAUCAAUGUUGAGGAGAAUGAUGCUAUACUGCUGGAGGCGAGAGGUGCUCCACAGGGGGAUGGCGAUGGUGGCUCGGCGAGCGAUACUUCGGAAGCGGAAGACCCUGCGCCUAUACAGCCUGUGCAAGCGUCCAAGCCAGCGGUUACUUUUGGUGGUGGCUUGAAGCGGCCGCUGGAGGUUGACGAAGAGGGCAAACCGGUUAUUAAGAAGAGAAAGAGGACCAAGACCAAGUCUUUACCGGUUCAGGCGCCGGCUGAGCUAGAGUGGGAAGGUUUCGACACCGAAUCGGACGAAGGAAGUGCAUCGGGCAGUCCGCUAAACGAAGACAUCGAAGUAGCCGCACCACUGAAAACGUCUGGCAAUAGCGAGGCAGGUAAUGACAUAUCGUAUGAUGACAUCUCGUCUGCCAGUGAUGAUGACGACGAGGACGGCACCUCAAAUUUCUCUGAAGAUGAUGACGAAGACGAAUCCAUAACCGAAGACUCGAGCGCCGCUGACGACCGCACCGCGGAGAGAAAAGCGAGGUCUUCAGCGUUCAAGGCGUGGGCGACGCAGCAGAGAAAUGAGGCGGUAGGCUUCACGCCUUCGACAGUCAUUUCCAGCGAGUCCACAAUAUCACAUCCUGCCAAACCGGCGAACUUCGAGCCGAGACCGCUCGAGGUUGACCCGCUACCCCCAGAACUCGAAACGAGAACUGCUACAGAUGCCACAAGGAAGGCUUUCAGCGUGGCGGUGGAGCGGUCACUAGAGAUUCAGGAAGCUCGCCUUGCACUACCAGUGGUAGCCGAAGAGCAGAAAAUUAUGGAAGCGAUCCACAACAACGAUGUUGUAGUUGUUUGGGGGGCCACGGGCAGUGGCAAAACAACACAGGUUCCGCAGUUCCUUUACGAGGCUGGAUACGGGGCUCCAGGCGGACCUACACCAGGCAUGAUUGGCGUCACCCAACCCAGACGAGUUGCCGCAGUCAGCAUGUCGAAGCGGGUUGGCGAUGAGCUCGGCUCUGCUAAGACCAAAGUCUCGUACCAGAUCCGUUUCGAGAGCUCCGUUAGCGACAAGACCUCGGUCAAAUUCAUGACGGACGGUGUCCUGCUGCGUGAGAUAGCACAAGAUUUCGCCUUGACCAAAUACUCAGCUAUCGUCAUCGAUGAAGCUCACGAACGGAGCGUCAAUACAGAUAUACUCAUCGGCAUGCUCAGCCGGAUUGUGGACCUACGAGCUGAUAUGGCUCGUGAGGACUCAAACAUGAGGCCGCUAAAGCUGGUCAUUAUGUCUGCUACACUCAGAAUCUCAGACUUUACUCAGAAUCAGAUACUCUUCCGAAAGGCCGUUCCACCACUGAUGCAGGCUGAGGGCCGCCAGUACCCUGUCACGAUUCACUUCGCACGCAGAACCCAACGCGACUAUCUCGAAGAGGCUUUCAGGAAAGUCAGUAGAGGGCACAAGAAGCUGCCGCCCGGAGGUUUUUUGGUUUUCUUGACUGGCCAGGGCGAAAUUACUGCACUUGCGAAGCGACUAAAGCAGACGUUUGCAGCAACCCAAGCCAGCGAUGUCAAACAUCCUACAGUCCGGAUAGCGGCUAGUGAAGCGCCGCUCGAGACAGAAGACAUGGAGAUCGGCAACGAAGGACCGCUUCGUGGGCAUGAAGAUGGCUCCGACUUCGAGUCUGAGAUUCACGGUCUGGAUGAUGAGGAAGACAACGAGUUCGACAUCGGUGAAGUCAUUGAAGGAGCCACGUCUAAAGUCCACAUCCUCCCGUUGUAUUCUCAGCUGCCUACCGCGCAACAACUACGCGUAUUUGAGCCUCCGCCAGACGGUUCUCGCCUGAUCGUGCUAGCUACUAAUGUGGCUGAGACGAGCUUGACUAUUCCCGGUAUCCGAUACGUGUUCGACUGCGGCCGCGCCAAAGAGAGGACAUAUGAUCGCUCCACUGGCGUCCAAAGCUUCGACAUUGGGUGGAUCAGCAAAGCAAGCGCCAGCCAACGAGCCGGUCGUGCUGGUCGCACCGGGCCUGGGCACUGCUACCGGCUCUACUCCUCAGCUGUCUAUGAACGCGACUUUGAGGAGUACGCAGAGCCCGAGAUCUUGCGCACGCCCAUCGAAGGCCUUGUCUUGCAACUCAAAGCGAUGAACUUACAACAUGUGGUCAACUUUCCCUUCCCUACGCCGCCUGACCGGGACAGCCUAGCCAGGGCCGAGAAGCUUCUCUCCUACCUUGGUGCGCUUGAUCCUGAUGGCAAGAUCACGCCCCAAGGUCGGGAGCUGUCUCUGUACCCACUAUCUCCGCGGCUGUCUCGCAUGCUCGUUAUAGGCCAGAACCAUGGUAUUGCUGCUCAUACAAUAGCAAUGGUCGCCGCUCUUGCUGUACCGGACGUCUUCAUCCCAGAGAAUCAGCUCGACCUCGGUGCUGCGGAUGCAAGCGGCCAGGAUGGGAUUCGAUCGGAAGCCGACAACCUCGCUGACGCUGCCCGCGAGAAGAAGCGCAAAGCUUACAACCACGCGCACGCAACGUUCUCUCGUUGGGACCGCUCUUCCGACGCCCUGAAGCUAUUCACAGCACUCUGCGCUUACAGCGCCUCUUCCACACCAGCUGAGCUCUGCGACGAUAUGUUCCUCCGCGAGAAGGCGCUCAAAGAGGCUUCCCAGCUGCGUGAACAGCUUACUUCCGUUGUCCGCACCCACAAGCCGGGCAGUGUCGGCGCGUACUCGUCUAAGCUAGCACCUCCGACGGACGCUCAGAUAAAACUCCUGAAGCAAAUCGUAGCAGCGGGCUUCAUCGACCAGGUCGCCAUCCGAGCCGACCUCUCGCCAGCUCCGCCAGAGCUCUACCGCAAGCCCAAGCGCGCCAUAGACGUGCCUUACGUCACACUGUUCCCCUCACACAUCCGCGGUGCUGGGUCUGAAGAGGAGGCAGAGAAGUUCGUGUACCUGCAUCCGUCCUCUGUCCUCGCGCAUACGAGCCCACAGAAGCUGCCGCAGUACAUCAUCUACUCACACCUGCAGCGCUCCUCAUCCACGGUCCCGGGUAAGGUCGCAAAGGUCAGGAUGCAUGCGCUCACUCCUGUGAGUGGAGCACAGCUUGUGGCGUUGGCAAAGGGCACGCCGUUACUGGAGUGGGGCAAGCCGAUUGGGAAGAUCGUCACGUUGGAGAGGGAAGAUGGGUGUGAGAGACGGGAGUGCUGGGUCGUGCCGAGCUUGGUGGGGGAGAAGGGGAGGACGGGGUGGCCGUUGCCGGCGAAACAUGUGGUGCAGAGGAAAGAGAGCGGUAGGGGCUGGGUGAUUGAGAGGGAGAUAGCUGGCACAUAG